GCGGCGCCACCAGUCGAAAUAAUAUCAUCGUGUCAGUAGUGAGGCGAACCCCGGGUUUGACACGUAUGCCGUUUUAAAACGUUACUUUGUUUUAGUGAUUUAAUUAUAAUCGAAGUAUUGAAUUGUCGCGUUACAAAGCGAUUGACAGGUGUCAUUGUCGUACUAAUAAAGGGAAGAGGUAAAUACCUCAAAAAAUAUAAACAAAAAUGAGUAGCAUAGCGGAACAACCAUGCUAUACUCUGAUAAACAUUCCGAUGGACACAGAGCCAUUGAACGAGUUGCAAAUGAAGCAGGAUUUGGAGAAAGGCGAUAUUGCUGUAAAAACAGAGGCUCUGAAAAAAACAAUUUACAUGAUAAUGAGUGGAGAGCGUCUUCCUGGCUUGCUCAUGACCAUCAUAAGAUUUGUACUUCCUCUACAAGAUCAUGCCAUCAAAAAGCUGCUACUCAUCUUCUGGGAAAUAGUACCGAAAACUUCCCCGGAUGGCAAACUGCUUCAAGAAAUGAUUCUUGUGUGCGACGCAUACAGAAAAGAUUUACAACAUCCCAACGAGUUUGUUCGAGGAUCAACACUCAGAUUCUUGUGUAAGCUGAAGGAGCCCGAGCUCUUGGAGCCUUUGAUGCCGGCAAUAACGGCGUGUCUGGAACAUCGUCACUCCUACGUGCGUAGGAACGCUGUCCUCGCAAUAUUCACAAUUUAUCGUAAUUUCGAAUUUUUGAUACCCGAUGCACCAGAGCUAAUAGCAAAAUAUUUGGAGGGCGAACAAGACAUGUCAUGUCGACGAAACGCUUUCCUCAUGCUCUUGCACGCUGAUCAAAGUCGAGCUCUAUCGUACUUGGCUGCUUGCUUGGACCUCGUUCCAACUUUCGGUGACAUUCUUCAACUCGUCAUUGUUGAAUUGAUUUACAAGGUUUGUCUGGCGAAUCCAUCGGAAAGAGCACGAUUUAUACGCUGCAUUUACAGCCUAUUGAAUUCACCGAGUGCAGCCGUGCGAUACGAGGCAGCUGGAACAUUGGUAACGCUGUCGAGUGCACCGACAGCAAUAAAAGCAGCAGCUUCGUGUUACAUCGAGCUGGUGGUGAAAGAGAGUGACAACAAUGUUAAACUGAUCGUGCUGGAUCGUUUGAUCGCGAUGAAAGACAGUCCGUCGCACGAGAGAGUUCUUCAGGAUCUCGUUAUGGAUGUUUUACGCGUUCUUGGCUCACCAGCCCUCGAGGUGCGCACAAAAACGUUGGCUCUCGCGAUGGAUCUCGUUACAACACGAACGAUCGAGGAAAUGGUACAAUUGUUGAAGAAAGAAGUAAUGAGAAGCGCCGGUGGAGAACACGAAGAUGCUGGCCGUUAUCGCCAACUUCUCGUGCGAACGCUGCACGCCUGUUCCAUCAAAUUUCCCGAUGUCGCUGCUACCGUUAUUCCCGUACUGGCCGAUUUUCUAUCUGAAACCAAUGAAGCCGCUGCCACUGAUGUUCUCGUAUUUAUUCGCGAAGCUAUACAACGCUUUGAAAACCUUAGACCUCUAAUUAUUGAAAAAUUGUUGGAGGUCUUUUUACAAAUCCGUUCGGAAAAAGUGCACAGAGCAGCGCUAUGGAUCUUAGGUGAGUAUGCAACAACCAAGGAAGACAUUGAAAGCCUAAUGAGCCGAAUUCGUGCCGCCUUGGGCGAGUUGCCUCUCGUCGAAGCCGAGAACAAACGUCAAGCUGGUGAAAAAUCGCCGGAGGAUUCCAACGCUCAAGCUGCACCUGCACAACUCGUUACUUCUGAUGGAACUUAUGCGACACAAAGCGCUUUCAGCACUUCGAACGCCGGUAAAAAAGAAGAAAAACGUCCAGCUUUGGUUCAAUACAUGAUGGACGGUAACUUUUUCAUCGGUGCUUCGUUAGCGACUACUCUCGCCAAGUUAGCCCUCCGCUACAAAAAUUUGGAGAAUGAUGUACAAAAGAGCAAUCGCAUGCAGGCUGAAGCGAUGCUCGUGAUGUCGAGUAUUUUGCAGCUUGGUCGUUCAGGACUACCCUCCAAAGCGAUGACCCACGACGAUGCUGAAAGGCUUUCACUUUGCCUCAGAUCCCUCGCUUGUCCAACGAACAUUGUGCAAACCGUCUUUACCGAAGGCUGCAGAGACGCUCUUGGCAGAAUGCUCGCUGCCAAGGCCGAAGAAGAUUCACAAACCAAAAAGGCAAAAGAAAAACCAGGAAGCAUCGUUCAAGUCGAUGACGCGAUACAAUUUAUCCAAUUAACACGUGGAGGCGAUUUGACGGGCGGCGCUGGGGAUGUUUUCGAGCAGAGUCUUAGUGCCGCUGUGGUCGGAAGACCCGGAACUGGUUCCGAUGCACCGGCUCCUAGUGCACUCAGCAAAGUAACUCAAUUGACUGGUUUCUCUGAUCCAGUCUAUGCCGAGGCUCUCGUUCACGUCAAUCAAUACGACAUUGUUCUCGACGUUCUCAUCGUCAAUCAGACCGAGGAUACCUUACAAAAUUGUACCCUCGAGCUUGCUACCAUGGGCGAUCUCAAACUUGUCGAAAGACCACAACCAAUUGUUCUCGCACCCCGCGAUUUUGCUAGCAUCAAAGCAAAUGUCAAAGUUGCAUCCACAGAAAAUGGCAUCAUUUUUGGAAAUAUCGUCUACGACAUAUCUGGAGCGGGCUCGGAUCGUAGUGUCGUCGUUCUGAAUGAUAUUCAUAUUGACAUAAUGGACUACAUUGUACCCGCGACUUGCACAGACACAGAAUUCCGUCAAAUGUGGGCCGAAUUUGAAUGGGAAAACAAAGUAUCGGUGAACACGACGCUCCCCGAUUUACGCGAGUAUCUCGCCCAUCUUCUCAAAUCUACAAACAUGCGAUGUCUCACACCCGAAAAGGCACUUUCUGGUCAAUGCGGAUUCAUGGCAGCGAAUAUGUACGCAAAGUCGAUAUUCGGUGAAGACGCACUGGCGAAUUUAUCGAUCGAGAAACCUUUCAACAAACCAGACGCUCCGGUCGUUGGCCACAUAAGAAUACGAGCCAAGAGUCAAGGCAUGGCCUUAUCCUUGGGUGACAAAAUCAAUUCAGCGCAAAAGGUAGCCCAGAGUAAAGUUGUGCAAGCAGCUUGAGCUAACUAAUUUGUCGCCUUUGAAGGUAAAAAAGGAACAAUAAACGUUGACAGAAACGAGUAGCGAGGAUGGAAUUUGACGAAACAAAUAAGAGACAGAAAUAAUUGAUCGCGAUCGUUGUAGAAAGAACAGGGUUCCGAAUUUUCUCGUUACAAGCUUUUUCCAUCUUUUUUUUCAAUUAUUCCUUCAAGUUUAUUUCGUAUUUUACAUUUAACAUUGAAAGAAAGAAAUAAGUAUACAUGUGCAACUGAGUGUACGAAUCAUUUUUGAAAAAUUUUCUUAUGUCUUUCACGCGAGUUUCUCAGUGAAGUUCCUGAAAGAAAAUGACGUGUAUUAUUUCGUAGUCGAAGAAAUAAAUGUACGCAUAUUAUGUAUGUAUAGUCA